AUGGUGCUGCUCGGAAAGGCCAACACGAAAGCGACGGCGAGAGCGCGAGCCCCCGACUCCCCCGGCAGCAGCAGCCAGCACCCCUCCCGCUCGCGCGCCUUCGACCGGUUCCGAUCCUGGGCGGGCGGACUCCUCGGCACUUCGAAAAGCAAGAGACAGCGCGCAGCCACUGAGCCCGCGUUCGCCACCAAGAGCAAAGAGCAGCAGCAGCAGAGAGCCACGAUGCAGGAGGUCUCUGCUGAGCUGCAGCAGCAGCUGCAGGCGCUGGGCAUCAACCCGUCGGACGACGUCUUCCGCACAGGCUCGGAGGAGUACGACCACAACGGACUGAGCUCGCCCAUCCCGCAGGAGGUGCGCUUCAUGAACGCCGAGCUGCGCCGCUGCCCCGUGGAGGGCGUCGGCAUGGUGCUGGCCAUCUUCUCCGGCUCGGGCGCUGUCUACGAGUUCGUGCGCACGCUGCGCAAGUGCAUCUACGGCAAGGUCAAGCACGCCGUGCGGCUGCAGAUGACGCCCAACGGCACCUUCGUGCGCACGCAGUUCGAGGUGGCUAUCAAGGUCAUGAGCAAGGUUAUUAUAGAGGAGGGCAAUCUCCAGGAAAACCCGCUCGUCGAGCUCGCAGCGCAGCAGUAUCUGUCCGUGCCUGGCCACGAAAAUGUGCUGACGCUGAUCGAGUGCUUGCACGACGCCGACUUCAUCUAUGCCGUACUCCCGUUUUGUAAUGGAGGUGAAUUGUUCUCCGUGGUCGAAAGCGGCGGCGCUAUGGAGGAGGCGGAAUGCCGCCACUGGUUUACUCAAGUACUGGCCGGCCUCUCCUACCUUCAGAGCCGCUACAUUUGCCAUCGCGACAUGUCCCUAGAAAAUGUGUUGCUGGACGGUGACACCUCAAAGAUCAUCGAUUUUGGCCUGUCUAUCGGUAUCCCCGUGGACGCGCAUGGCAUGACGUAUUCACUGCCGCCCGCUGGCGCAGUUGGAAAAAUCUUUUACAUGCCUCCGGAGAUUUAUCGUAACCAAGUUCCGUUCAACGGUUUCUCUGCCGAUAUCUGGUCAACGGGCGUCAUGCUGUUCAUCAUGGUAACGGGUGCUCCUCCCUUCGAGCGCCCGGACGACGCAGACCCGCGCUUCCAGAUGAUCGCGCAGGGCCUCAUGAGUGACAUGUUAGACUCGUGGGGCAUGGACCACGUGUCCGCGAGUGUGCGCGAUCUGCUGUCGAAAAUGCUGAUUGUGGACGACCCGUCCCGGCGCCUGACAGUAGAGCAGAUCGCCAUGCACCCGUGGAUUCAGGGUGGCUAA